CAGAACAGUCUGUCAUUUUCUCGCUGCAGCAUUUUUUCAUUCCAAGUAAAACAUUGUCAGUGCGUCGCAGUUUGAGGUUAUCCGUAGAAAAAUCUGUGCAUAAAUAUGGCCUUACAUGUUCCAAAAGCUCCCGGUUUUGCUUCAAUGCUAAAGGAAGGCGCUCGUGCGUAUUCCGGCUUAGAGGAAGCAGUGUACCGAAACAUUAACGCAUGUAAAGAAUUCGCCGCAUCGGUGCGUUCCGCCUACGGACCAAAUGGCAUGAACAAAAUGAUCAUCAACCACAUCGAGAAGCAAUUUGUUACUUCCGACGCGGGAACUAUUAUGCGAGAACUGGAUGUGGAACAUCCAGCUGCAAAGUUGAUGAUUCAGGCGAGCCAAAUGCAGGAAGCGGAAGUUGGUGAUGGCACAAAUUUUGUGAUCAUUUUCUGCGGAGCGUUACUAGCUGAAGCAGAGGAACUGCUGCGUUUAGGUGUGACCACCAGUGAUAUUACCGAAGGAUUUGAAAAGGCACUAGAUAAAGCACUGGAAAUUCUGCCCAAGCUUGUGUGUCAUGAAGUCAAAGACUACCGUAAUACUGAGCAGGUUAAGGAGGCGAUCAAAGCGUCGAUUAUGUCCAAACAGCUCGGAUUCGAGGACUUUAUUUCGAAGCUGGUCACGGAUGCGUGUGUAUCGAUUCUUCCAGAGAAGACCACUUUUAAUGUUGAUAACGUAAGAGUUUGCAAAAUUUUGGGUAGCGGUUUGUUUACAUCGGAAGUUGUCCAUGGGAUGGUGUUCAAACGGUUUGUAGAAGGAGAAGUUGAAUCCGCUAAGGACGCAAAGAUUGCGUUGUACUCUUGUCCGGUGGAUAUUAUUCAAACGGAAACCAAGGGAACCGUUUUAAUCAAAACCGCUGAAGAAUUAAAGAGUUUCAGCAAAGGCGAGGAAAGUCUACUGGAAGCACAAAUUAAAGCGAUUGCUGAUACUGGAGCUAAAGUAGUUGUGGCCGGUGGAAAGUUUGGAGACAUGGCACUACACUACAUGAACAAAUACGGAUUAAUGGCAGUUCGUCUGAAUUCCAAGUUUGAUUUGCGCCGUCUUAGUAAGGCAGUUAAUGGAACGGUAUUGCCACGUUUGACUCCGCCAAGCUCUGAAGAGUUAGGCUAUUGUGACAACGUGUUCGUUAACGAGCUGGGUGAUACUUCAGUUUGUAUUUUCAAAUCCGAAGGCGCGGAUAGUCGAAUCGCUACUAUUGUGAUUCGUGGUUCUACCGACAACUACAUGGACGAUAUCGAAAGAGCAAUCGAUGACGGUGUUAAUACGUUCAAAGGAUUAACAAGAGAUGGACGUUUCCUGCCUGGAGCAGGAGCGACCGAAAUCGAACUAGCUCAACAAUUGGCCGAGUACGCUGAUACUCUCCCAGGGCUGGACCAAUAUGCUGUUCGGAAGUUUGCUGUAGCUCUAGAGGCGUUCCCCAAGGCGCUAGCUGAAAAUACCGGUGUGAAUGCCACCGAAGUCGUCAAUCAGUUAUAUCUUUCACACAAGGAAGGGAAAAAGAACGAAGGUUUUGACAUCGAUGCGGAACUACCUUCGACUACCGAUGUUACCGGUACUAAAAUUUUUGAUCUGUUCCAAACCAAAUACUGGGCCUUGAAAUAUGCGGUUGGAGUCGCUUGUACGAUUUUAAAAGUCGAUCAAAUAAUCAUGGCAAAACGAGCUGGAGGACCGAAACCGCGACAGGGAGGAGCAAAUAGUGACGAUGAAUCGUAGGCUAUUUGAUUACUCCUCAUUAAUCGACUAUUAUAGGAUUGCUUAAUAACAUCGUACACAAUUUUCGUAACCGCUACCUAUCACCCAACUUACAUUAAUGCACUUAUUUCUGUUAAGCUGUACUGCAGUAACUGACGCUAAUGUAUUUGUCCACCUUGGGCAGAAAAACUACCACGUA